CGACUUCCUCGCGUACGAACCUGAGUCUUCGUCCAAUCUCUGCUCCAGACCAAACCCUAACCCUAAUUUAACCCCAAAUCCAGAUCGAAGCCCAAACCCAAACCUUCUUCCCCGCUCGAUCGAUCAUCGAUCCAAUUCGUGGAAGGAAGGGAGAGAGAGGGGUUGAGACUUCAGAGUAGAAAAGGGAUGUCGACCGCCGAAGCAUCAGAGCUGGAGCGUGCCGUCUCCGAGGACGAAGACUUCGACGACGAUGGCGACAGUGAAGAACUUGACGAUGGCACUGACGGAAGGAACGCUCAUGUGAAUCAGACCCAGACCGCUCCGCUGGUUGGUUAUCCGAACGCCUCUGCGGCACCCGUCCACGCUCCGGAUCCUAUCCGUAGCGUCGAUCCCGCCGCUGCUCCCCUUAAUGGUGCGAUACCUAUUCAAGUCGUCUCCUUCCCCGCCGCAUCCUCCGGUUCUCCCCUGUUCACGGCCUCGCCCACUAUCCCCAUCCCCGUUUACUCGGCCGACAUCAGCAGGCCCCUCACCGUAGUCACCUUCGAUGAGUCCCGCCGGCUCUUCCAGCGGCUUUGGACCGACGAAGAGGAGAUCAAAAUCCUGCAGGGUUUCCUCGAGUUCACCUCAAGGCGGGGAACCACCUUCGCCUCUCACCAGUAUGACACUGGCCCAUUCUACGAGGAGAUCAAAAAGGAACUCCAUUUCGAGUUCACCAAGAACCAGCUCAUCGAGAAACUUCGCCGGCUGAAGAAGAAGUACCGGAACUGUGUCAACCGGAUGCGAUCCGCGGGGAAAGACUUCGCCUUUAGGAGUGCUCAUGAGCGGGCCAUCUAUGAUAUCGCCCGUAACAUCUGGAGUGCCAUAGCAAAGCGGGCGCAGGAGAGCGAUGGCGAAGACCUCAAUAACCCGAAGAGCACUCUUUCGAAUGAGAUAUUUACGGUUCCCGUCAAUGAGGGUUCUUUCGGAUCUGAUAGAAGAAUGCCAAGAUCGAGAAGGCGUGGGGGAGGGAUAGCGCCGGAAGAGACUGUUGUGGCACCCGUAGGAGGAGCCGUCGCAGAGAACACCGCUCCGGUGAACGUGAUGGCUGCACCGGUGGUUUCAUCAGUUUCUACGCCGACUCCGAGCGCCAUUGAGGCGACUGUGAAGAGCUGUCUUUCACCUUUGUUUAAGGAGUUGAUCAAUUCUGCCAUUGGGGGGCCAUUUGCUCCAGGUUUUGGUGGGACAUCACCAUUGAACCUGUUUCCCAUGAGCCUUGGAGGUAGUUCUUUGGUGGGCUCAGCGGUGCCUGUGGAUGACCAAUGGAGAAGGCAGCAGAUUCUGGAGCUGGAGGUUUACUUGAAGCGGAUAGAACUAGUAACAGACCAUGUCAAAUCAAUGUUGGAGGAGCUCAAGUCUUCAUCCAGCUGAUUACAGGUUCUUAUGCUUCCAUGCUGCAAAUCUGCCACAUGGUUACCGGCUCUCGGCUACGCCCCAGGCCAGCUGAGUUUAUAAGCAUCCAUCAACCCUAUAUAUAAUGGUCUAUUCAAUCCUGCCUAUCCAAACAAAAUGACAAAGUGAAGAUGACAAAGAUCGAUGUGGCAACCACUGAUUGAUUUUGAAAGCUCACCAAAUCAAGUUGGAUGCUCUAGAAUGCACACAACAAUGAUAUAUCAGUGUUAUAUCUCUUUCUUAAAGCAAUUUCUGAUUCUACUUUGUCAAUUCCAGGACCAGCCAGACUCUUCUUUAUAAGGUAUAUCUAACCACCAGCAAUUCAGAUGAUUCUUGUGAUUUCUUUCCCUAGAAAACAAUUGUACAUUUAAACCAUUUUCGGAUUGAGCUGGGUUAUGCCCAAUGUCAGAAAUUCUUCACAAGAGCAUUGCCACAUAGAACCAGUAGAUGUUUCCAAUGCAACUGUUUUGCCUUAUUAGGGAUAAAUUAGUUGUAGAAAUCACAUCUCCAAUUGAAUCAUUCAAACUGUUCUCGGAUUAUCAGAUUGAACAUGUUAUGUUCAGUUUUAGAAUCACUGCACAGGAACAAUUUCACGUAGAACCAGUAGAUGUUUCCAAUGCAACUGUCUUAUUGGGAACAAGUAGUUGUAGAAUCACAUCAACUAUUAACAGGCAAUACCAUUAAAGUAAAAGACAAAUGUCAAUCCAUCAACA